AUGGCUUCUCUUACUAUUCGCAACAUCUCGGUGACGCCGCUGGAGCUGACGCAGGUCGAGCGCUUCGGGGCCGAGGCCAUCGAGGACACCCGGGGCGUCACCGAGCACGUUUGGAACCUGGUGUGCUUGCCGUACAACUACAUCAUGGGCCGCAAUGGCCACCCGGCCAGCGGCAGCGGCGGCACCGGCCUCGCUCCCAAACACGGCGCCCAGGCCACGACGACCGACCAGAUUGGCAAUGUCCAGAUCGCGCCCUUUUCGACGACGCAGACGCAGGUCAAGGCGCCCCAGGCGGGCAGCGAGGUGCUCCGGCUGACGUUCAAGGCCACGUUUGACAACGGGGCCAACGUCCGGCUGUACACGGUGGACGUGCCGUCGGCGUCGUCGCGGAGCAACGAGCUGCGGCCGGUCGGCGGCGACGCGCCGCAGGCGGGCAGUGCGGCGGCCUCUGCUGCCUUUUCGGCCGUCUACUCGGCCAACGGCGGCGCCACGCUGGCCGUCCUGAGCAGCGCCGCCCUAUCGCGCUGGAUGGGCACCGUUGACGGCGCCUGGCCGCUCUCGAGCCUGUCGCUGCCCGGCACGCACAACAGCCCGGCCUGCCACUAUGCGCUGCCGUCGGUGCGCUGCCAGGCCGUCGGCGUGCGCGCGCAGCUCGACAACGGCGUGCGCUUCCUGGACGUGCGCGUCAGCGUCAACCCGCCGAAGCAGCCGCACGCGGACCCGCGCAUUGCGCUCGUGCACUCGGUGUUCCCCGUGGGCCUGCUGGGGUCGCACCACUUUGGCGAGCUCUACGACGCCGUCUGCGGGUUCCUGGAUGCCAACCCGUCGGAGACGGUGCUGAUUAGCAUCAAGAAGGAGGGCACGGGCAAAGGCUCGGACGCCGACCUGGCGCACCAACUCGUGAACCACUACACGGGCGGCCCGGCGGACGUGGGCCAGGCGCGGCCGCAAGGCCAGGCCGCGGCCCGACAGCCCGGCCAGGCCGAGCCGUGGCGCUGGUACACCGAGUCGCGGAUCCCGUCGCUCGACGAAGUGCGCGGCCGCAUUGUGCUGGUCCGCCGGUUCCACACACCCGACGAGGACGUGUUCAAGCAGAUGCACGGCGGUGCCGGCUGGGGGCUGGACGGGUCGUCGUGGCCAGACAACUGCGAGGACGGCACAUGCGGCUCGGGCCCGAUCCGCCUCCAGGACUUUUACGAAGUGCUGCAGACGCCGGCCAUCGACACCAAGAUCAAGUACGUGCACGGGCUGCUGGCCAAGUCGGGGCUCGAGACGUACACCAAGCUGGGCGGGUUGCAGGCGCGCAGCCAAGAAAACGCGCCGCCGGUCCCACCCCUGUUUAUCAACUUCUUGACCGCCAGCAACUUUUUCAACGCGCGGUGCUGGCCCGAGAACGUGGCGGCUCGCGUCAACCCGUCUGUGGUGGAGUACCUCUGUGUGCGGCACGGCGAGGCCGACGGGCAGAACGGCAAAGCCGGUGACUGCUCGACGGGCAUUCUGGUGACGGACUGGGUCGGCCACCACGGCGACUGGGACUUGCUGCGGUGCAUUGUUGCCUGGAACGCGCGGCUGCAGCUGAAGAAUUAG